AAGUAGCCUCUUCCCUCGACAAACAUCCUCGAGAAACCCGACUUCAGAAAUCUUCUCAGUACUUUCACCAAAUCUCUACCUCAUUUAAACAUGGCGGCUCCAGGAACACAAUCGCUCAAGUGCGUCGUCACCGGUGAUGGUGCUGUUGGCAAGACAUGUCUUCUCAUAUCCUACACCACCAAUGCCUUCCCCGGCGAGUACAUCCCCACGGUCUUCGACAACUACUCGGCUAGUGUUAUGGUGGAUGGCAAGCCGAUCAGCUUGGGUUUGUGGGAUACCGCUGGACAGGAGGAUUAUGAUCGAUUGCGCCCUCUCUCCUACCCCCAAACCGAUGUCUUCUUGAUCUGCUUCUCCAUCGUCUCUCCCCCGUCCUUUGACAACGUGCGCGCAAAGUGGUUCCCCGAGAUCGAUCACCAUGCUCCAUCCGUUCCCAUCAUCCUCGUUGGCACGAAGCUCGACUUGAGAGAGGAUCCCGCUACACUUGAUAGCUUGAGACAGAAGCGCAUGGAGCCAGUUUCGUAUGACCAGGCCUUGAUCGUUGCGAAAGAGAUCCGGGCACACAAGUACUUGGAGUGCUCUGCUCUUACUCAACGAAACCUCAAGAGCGUGUUCGAUGAGGCUAUUAGAGCUGUCUUGAGCCCACGGCCCCAAAUACAAAAGAAGAAGGGUGGCAAAUGUACGAUUCUGUAAAGAGAUACCAUUCCGGACAGUUCUGAUACAUUGGGGCGGGAGGACGCAUUAAAUCAUACCAUGUUCCUUUUCGAGAUGAGAUUGAGAUUGAGGCUGGCAUUUCUCUUCAACUGUCUAGAGAUGGAAGCACAAGCUCCUACACGAAGCACAACAUCUGAGCAGGAGAAGAACGCUUGGUGGCUGUCUCUUCGGGGUAUUUUCUCUUCUACUCGAAAAUCUUCCUACUUAUUUGUUCUCUUCUCAGCAGCAGUCGGCAAAGGGGGUUUAAGCGAGGGAGUUGUUGACUGCAGCAUGGGAAAGGAUGACUUCUGCAUUCCCUGUAGAUAAUGCACUGUGGGGAAUGAGUAAUAAUGAUGAACGACCUUCGAUAGUUUGCAUAGCAUGCAUUUCCUUGUUUUAUGGCAUACCCUUUAUUUGUUUUGAAAAGAGAGAUAAAUCAAAGGAAAUACGAUUCUGAACGAAUUACACUGUACUAUCC